AUGUCCUCAUCAGUCAGCGUCAACCACCUAAGGUCACUCAUCAUGCCGUUACCAACAGAGGAGGUGCUGCCGAAGAAGCUGAGGAUCAAGCAACAACCAAUGAAGGUGACCGUGGAGAGCGCCGGUGCACACGCCACGAGAACCGCGCCCUUCCUCGUCUACCCAAGCUCGCACGUCGUCGUCAGUCGUCACGGCGCUAUCGCCAACGCCACGAGACCCGCACGGCCGCACCCCUCCUCGCCAGAGCAGCCCCAGCAGCAGCCAACACCACGAGCCCCGCGCCCCUCCUCGCCGGAGCAGCUCCGGCCGCAGCCGCAGCCAAAGCGACGAGCCCCGCGCCCUUCCUCGCCGGAGCAGCCCCGGCCGCAGCCAACGCCACGAGCACCGCGCCCCUCCUCGCGGCAGCAGCCUCCCCCUUCCGGCCUUGCCCUCCCCGCGGCCGACGAUACAGGUGGUGGCUGCUUAGAUCUGGAGUGUGAGGAAGGAGUUGGUCUCCCGAUGGAUGAGGAAACUCCUAGGUGCGGGUCCGGGAUGUGA